AUGCCUUUGUCUUUUCAGGACAUCUCCAAGCUGAAGUCCUUCUCACCGCCUUUAACCAAGACAAUGACGGAACGUGAAGUCAUGAACAGCCCAAUGUUUCUCAUGUUUUCCGUCCUAUGCGUGAGCGUCUUUAUGAUCAUAAUAAUCGUGAUCAUCGGUGCGCUCAGGGGCUACAGGAGAAAAACAGAAUACUGCGAGACAGAAGACUGCCGCAUUCACGCCGCUAUCUUGAAGAUGGCCAUGAACCCUGCGGUCAAUCCUUGCGAUAAUUUUUACAAAUUCGUCUGCGGCUCCUGGAAAGGCUCACAAUCCAUAGUGACGACUUCCAGCGCGGAUGACGUUACCCUCAGAGUGUACGCAUCUGUCAUUCAAACGUUGCUGCGAGAAGACACCCAGCCAAACGUGCCGAAGAAGCUCUUUCGGACGUGCAACACCCCAACAUCUUCGAACAGGAAAGACGUGGAGAGUUUCAAAGAGAUAAAGAAGGACAUCGGCAUUUUGUGGCCAGAAAAACGUCAGACUUUCGUACAUCCAUUGGACCUUCUCUUAAAGCUGUCCAUCAGGUGGAACUUUAACUUGCUCUUCAAUGUUCGUGUCAUCCCGGCGUCAAGGCGUCGGAACAGGACGCUGUUAUUCAGCGAGGGCAUCAUCGCCGCCAGCUUCCAGGAACCGCUGGUUAACACCAUGUCCAUCACCGCUUUCCAGAGAUACGUGGAGGAGCACUACAAGAUACUCGGCGCAUCUCCGGACACCAAUCUGCGAGAGCUUAUGGCGGCUGAACGUGUUAUCCUCGCUGCCGCACUACACAUUAGGCAAGGGGUGCCGGAGCAACUGGCCGUUCCACUCCAAUCGAUGCAAAACUUCACUCCUACGGUCGAACCGGAGCAAUGGCUCCAGUUACUCAACAACUAUUCAGAGCCGGAGCCUCCCUUCACGCUAGAACAGAUCGUCAUUGUUGAAGACGCCAGGUUACUUCGCAAGAUCGGAGAGCUGCUCAAGAACCACCCCGCAGAGCAGCUUGUCAUCGGCAUCGCCUGGAUCUUCAUUCAGUCAUACCUGUGGGCGGUCUCAAGCUCCCCCACAAUUAGAUUCGGGAAAGCCGAUACCAUCAACCGUUACAAACCAGUCGUAUGCUUGGAGUACAUGAACGCUGCUUUGGGCUUGCUGGGGGCGACAGAGUACCUGCAGUCAAAGUUUUCAAGAACUGCGCAGCUUUGUGUUCAUGACAUGGUUCGUAACCUCACAAAAUCCGCCAAGUCCAAAAUUCAUUCCUCGCCGUGGAUUAGCAAGAAAAUCAAAAUUCUGGCACUGGACAAGUUAGAGGACAUGUACCUCGACGUCUGGCCAAUCGACGACGACUUCGGCGGCGAGACAUCAUCGUUGUUGUACAGCCGUCUCGGAAAUAUGACGGACUCGUUCGCCGAAAACCUCGUGACUGUCACAGAAAACAUGCGCCCACUGAUCAAGCUGGACCCCAUCAAAGCCAUUCAUUCGAAACAGAUAGCGCCGCCUUCGGGCUUUCUUUCUUACCUAUAUUAUCUCAAUCAAAUCAGCGUAGCCCCUGGAGGCGUUGACGCUCCCAGGUUCUACGUGAACGGCACGCUCGCUAUGACAUACGGUGGCAUUGGGAUCUCGCUAGCAAGGCAAGUGGUCAAGGCGUUCGAUCCGUUGGGAAUAACAAUUGACGACCGCAGUAACGCCGUGAAAUGGGUAGACACAGCCACUUUAUCAGCUUACGCGGCCAGAGCGAAUUGCAACAAGACUGGCGUGUCUGCUUUUCCCACCGUAGUGGCACUCGAGGUGUCUUACUCGGCCCUCAAGCAGGCUAUUGAGGACCAAGACGUGCCGUUUGCAGAUUUCCGACUGCGGGGCCUCAAGGAGUUCACCGAAGACCAGAUACUUUUUAUUACAUAUUGCAACGGACUGUGCUCUCUGAGUCGAGAGGAUAGCGAGAGCGAGUGCAACCUGCCCCUGAAGCGGUUUCCCCCUUUCGCAGAAACGUUCAAGUGUGCCAUAGGUACACCGAUGAAUCCGUUACGCAAGUGUGUUUUCUUCAGCAAUUCAUCCGCAUAA